GUGAUACUAGGAUAUGGAUAAAUAUAAUUCUUUACUAUUAGUUGUUAACUAGAUCUACGUAACAGGACGUUACUACAUAUCUACUUAUUGGGUGAAUAUACUAGCAAAAAGUAGUCAAAUAAGUUCACAUUUUUGAUUGAACAACGCUGCAUCUACAUGGUAAUUUCUAUUUUAUAACGUUAACGUUGAUGUCUAUAAGGAAAAAUUUAACGGCAGCUAUCAUGAGAGCUAUUAGAGUUACUUCAUUUGGUGGACCUGAAGUGUUGAAACUAGAUACAGGAACACCUAUACCUACCCAUGGUGAUAAUGAGGUUUUGAUCAGGGUAUGGGCUGCGGGUGUAAAUCCUGUCGAUGCCUAUAUCAGGGCAGGUAACUAUGGCGCCCUACCAGCAUUACCUUAUACACCGGGUAUGGAUACUGCUGGCAUCAUUGAACAAGUCGGACAGAAUGUAGAAAAUUUCAAGAUAGGGGAUCGUGUUUUUACUGUAAGAACUAUAUCUGGGGCUUAUGCUGAAUACACGGUAGCCAAUUCAUUAUAUGUCGGACAUCUGGGAGAUAACCUAAGUUUUGAUGAAGGAGCAGGAAUAGGGGUGCCUUAUUUUACAGCUUACAGAGCCCUUGUUAUAAGGGCUAAAGCUAAAGCAAGUGAAACGGUGUUGGUACAUGGAGCCAGUGGGGCUGUUGGAUUAGCCAGCGUGCAACUGGCUAAAUCUAUAGGGUUAAAGGUCAUUGGAACAGCUGGUACACCGGAAGGAAUGAAAUUAAUCCAAGACAAUGGGGCUGAUUUUGUAUUCAAUCACAGGGAAGAAGGGUACAUGAAUAAAAUAACUGAAGUUAUACCAGGUGGAGUAGACGUCAUACUAGAGAUGUUAUCCAAUGUUAAUUUAGGAAAAGAUUUGGAGAUAAUUAAAUAUCAAGGCAGAAUAAUAGUGAUUGGCUGCCGAGGGACUGUAGAAAUUAACCCACGAUUAACCAUGAAAAGUGAAUGUACUAUAACUGGUAUGGUUCUAAUGAAUGCUCCAGAGGCAGAAUGGAGAGAAAUUAAUAGUGCAGUGGAAGCGGGGAUAACUCACGGUUGGUUAAAGCCUCAUAUUGGCUUAAAAUAUCCUAUAGAAGAAGCUGCGAAAGCCCACGAUACUGUCAUUAAUAAUUCUGGAGCUAUGGGGAAAAUAAUUCUUACUUUGUAGAAUUCAAACUUUGAUAUACUAAGUCACAGUCACUCACAGCUUUUGACCAAAAUUCAUGAUCUCCGGCUUUGUUUUGUUGUUGUUUAUUUUGUUGUUAAAUUUAUAAAGAUUCAAUUAAAACUCUCUUGUCACUAGGUAUUUGCAUAAGUGAAAUCGAAAUUACCUCACCUUUUCUCUUGCCAAUUUAAUCAGGUGAAGGUUCGGUCUGCGAAAAUAAUUCACGGUAUACAUGUAUAUAAACAGGGUUUUAUUAAACCGAUAAUUGUUAUUACUUUUAACACAGUUUUCAUUGACCCUUAAUUAUGAUGCACAUUAUAUUCGGUAUAUUACGCCAUCGUCAUUUAAGCUAUUAUUUAUUUUUGUUUAUGCCAAUUCUUAAUGGUGCAUUAUUAAAGAAUAAGAUAAAGAGCUGGCCGCUCGUGCUGUAAGAGUUCGAAAAUAGAUAAUUAAAAAUGAAUACAUUGAAGUUAUCAGUUUUUGGUUGCUUAAUAUCGUACAAACGGUAGUGUUACUUGACAACCGAAACUAAGUCUCGAGUAUCCAUUUUAUUGUUAAAUUUUAAAUCUCGCGGAUAUCAAAUCCUUUUAAAUCUCUACCAUCCAUAGCCUAGAGAGUUGAUUAUAGGCUUUCCGUGGGACUAAAAUGUCUAAAUAAUAGUUUAUAUAACAUUUGAAGCCUAAAUAUAGACCUGCAGAAGUGUAGAUUUAACAUUUACAAAGAUGAUGGUUCAGAUUAUUACGUUUAUUAUUGAGUUGAUGGACACAUAAAAAAAAAAUUAAUACCAAGAUAUGUUAGAGGAAUACUGUCCCAUGGAGCAAGAUUAUUAAAACUAUUAAAAUGUUUACAUGUUGGUGAUUUUUUUUAUAUUGUUUUCGAAGUGUGUAACUCUAAUUAUUUUGAGUCCAAAUUAUGUCUAUUGCGUUUUGGUAGUUCCUGUAGAAUUUUAUAUCCUGUUGAUAGUGUGUAACUAGCGAUUUUGUGUGAAAAUUAUGUGCAUCCUUUUUUGGUGGUUACUUUAGAAAAGUUUGUCCGUGGUUAUUUCAAACAAAAUAGAAAGUAAAGUAUAAAACCAAAUUGGAUGGAUAAAGAUCGCCAGAUAUAUGUUUAAAAGCUCGGGGGGAAACAAUUGUGAUAUGUAACCCAAAUACUGUAUAAAUGCUACCCUCCACACCCUACAUAUCGUUGGUACCAUAUCCGCCCUUACACGCACUGUUAUUGUAAAACAGAAAAAUUCCGGUAUAAAUUUUGUAUUUACCAAUUUUACGCUCAUGAUUAAGUGUCGAAGAAACGUUUUGAAAUCUUUUCCUGUAUGUAUGUUAGCACUAUCAUCAUCAAAAGGGAUGUUUUAAGCCCAAAGUGAAAGAUUUAUCCGUAAUAAUAUUGUGUGUGUGAGAGAGAGAGAGAGAGAGAGAGAGAGAGAGAGAGAGAGUUUAACAACCACUCCCCACAAAUAUGUCAUUUCAGGACUAGCGGGCAGCUUAUAAUAAUGUCCAGAAACUUAAAUUUUCGGAAUGAAAAAGUGUGCCACAGAAUUUCGCACAUCUUAAGAUCAGCUGUCAGUUACUUUAUGGUGUACUAUUACAUUAGCGUCUAACCCAUUAUUGUUCCCAAAUUAAUUUAUUCUGAAUGUUACUAAAUUGGAAAGUCAAUUUUGUGCAAAUCUGUCGAUCGUAUGUGCUUCCAUAAUAUUAACGAAAAAUAAAACCUUGUCAAAAGUAAAUAUUGAUAUCAUGUAAUUGUAAAUUAGCAUAUAUUCCGUAUUAAACGAUUUCAUUUGGUUA